AUGAAGUUUACCACCGUCUUCGGCGUUGCCGCCCUCUUCAUGGCUCCUUCUGUUGUGGCCUGGAAGCUUCCCAACGUGGACCAGGCCGAGUCUGCCAGUCGCACUGAGCAGGCCGCUCCCACUGGCGCUUUCCCUACUGGCACCAUCCCCUCAGGAACUGCCCCUAGCAGCUUCCCAUCCGGCGGGUUCGGUGGCCAAGGUGGCUUCAGUGAUCAGGGCGGCUUGCCCUCUGGCUUCCCCUCCGAACACCACCGCGGCCACAAAGGACACCACACCGGUGUCCCCAGUGGUGUCCCCAGCGGCGUGCCUUCCGGUUUCCCGGAGGGUGCUCGUCCCACUGGCUCCCCCAGUGCCCUCCCGUCUGGUGCCCCGGCUCCUUCGGCUGUGGCUGGCCAGGGAGAGGAGUCUGGUGAGCAAGGUGGCUUCCAGCGCCUCCACGCUCGCCAGGUUCGUCCUAUGUGGCUCUAG